UUCUUUUGACUCAACAAAGAUGUUUACCUCACCAAAAAACCUAAAAGGCGCGCUGAUGACGAUGAUGGCAUAUUCUGCUCCUGUGCUCCUUCAGGCCAAAGUGCUGCCUGUGAUGCUGACUGCCUUUGUGGGAUGCUUUUGUCUAGCUGCUCCAGCAGUUGCAAGUGUGGAGAUUUAUGUGCCAACAAACCAUUUCAGCAUCGACCUGCAAAAAAAAUGAAACUAGUUAAGACAGAGAAAUGCGGAUUAGGGUUAAUAGCAGAGGAAGAUAUAAGGCGUGGAGAUUUUGUUAUAGAAUAUGUUGGUGAAGUUAUUGAUGACAAAACCUGUGAGGAAAGAUUGUGGAAAAUGAGGCACUGUGGAGAAACCAAUUUCUACCUUUGUGAAAUUAAUCGUGACAUGGUUAUUGAUGCCACAUACAAGGGAAACAAGUCAAGAUUUAUAAAUCACAGCUGUCAGCCUAAUACUGAAAUGCAGAAAUGGAGUAUUGAUGGUGAGACCCGGAUUGGUAUAUUUGCAUCUCGUGAUAUCAGAAAAGGAGAGGAGCUUACUUAUGACUAUAAAUUUGUUCAGUUUGGAGCAGAUCAAGAUUGCUACUGUGGUACUGAAGGAUGCAGGCAGAAACUGGGAAAUAAACCAAACAAACUAAAAUAUUCUCCUUCAGAUGCUGCUCUACAUCUUGUUCUUUGCGAAAUGGCAACAACAUCACCCAAUGUGAGAGCAUUUCUUUAUGGAAAAGAUGAAUUGCCAAAUGGAAAAGCGGAUAUAGGUUUUUCACAUUUUUCAACUUGUAAAAAGAAGACAAUGUCACAGAAUUGUAUCUGGGAACCUGUGCGUAUAUGGUGUCCUCAGGAUAGGAGGUACUAUGGCGGAACUAUAGUAGAGUUCAAUUGUUAUUCCAGAAAACACACUAUUCAUAGGGAGGAUGGACAGGUCAUAAUCCUCGACAUUUCAAAGAGCGAUUGGGAUCUUUUGCCCUCAUGAUAUUCGAAGAUGGGUGCUUGUGGUGAACUAACCGACAUUCUGAUUUAUUCAUUCACAGCAAAACAGGUACACGAAAGGGGUUAAUUAAUUUGUAUUGUUAUAAGGACUUGAUGAUCAACAUGUACACCUAAACUUUGUACGUUAGUUAUGAUAUCAAAGUCAAUGUACCUUGUCCCUCGACAUAAACUAGAGCUUUCAUGUCUCAGUUGUGAUUAGUAUUAGCGUAUCAACUCUUAAUAAUGGCGUUGGUGUCAGCCAUUCACACAAAAAUGUCAUCCAGGGCCCGACAGAUGAACGGAGGUCAAACUACCUGAGUAAAUUGGCCGGAAAAAUUGAAAGGGAGUUCAAGCUAUGGCAUCUCAUCUGCUGUUACCGCGAUCCCUCUGGUGUGUCAAGAUUCAAAUUAAUGUUUUUGGAGAGGACAGAUGAGACGCGAAUUGAUGAUGAUAUAUUCACUUGAUUGAGAUAUGGAGGCAGUUUAACUUCACAGGCAAACGGGAACAUUUUGAUUUGGGAAUCUAGGCUGCAUGUUGGCAGAGUGAAGAAAGGAUUGCUCUGCCUGAAAAGUGGUUUCUGCAUUUCAUUCCUAUUUUGGUUUUCUGUAUUUGUACGUGCUGGAGAGAAUCAUUGUUGUAUGUUUCAGGUUCUCCCCAGGGUUGUAUGUUGUCCUUGUUGUAAUUCAUUUCUUUAUAUGCGUUGAUACGUUUUCUUCA